AUGGUCGCUCAGUCACCAGCACUGAAGCAGUUAACCUUAAUGUCACCAAUUGUACCGUAUUUUAUAGCGGUCGUGACAGUUCAUGGAGUCAGUAGUAACUCUUACUACGAGGGUGCAUACUCGCCUGUGGUGACACCCACACCUUAUGUGGCAACAACUGGACUAUCAGCUGACUAUCUCCAGAGGUGUUCAGAUGAUCAGCUUAAAUCAUGGAGUUUGAGCCCACAGAGUGUACCCACAUUUGUGGCACCAAUGGAGGCACAAACAAAGACCAAAACAAAAAAGUCAAGGAAAAAGACUCCUACAAAUGUCUCUAAGGGACAAUAUGCAAAUGCAGACUUUGGCAAACAUUCAACUUCCAAAAGCUCAGUGGCUAAAGGGAGUAGAAAUUUGGCAAAAAUGGAUGUGAGACCCAUGCAGCAGACCACUGGGAAACAAAUGGAGGCAACACUGCAUCAGACUCAGAGUCAGAAUUCUGGCCCCUCUUCUACAACUCAGAAAGAUGGCAAGAAGGGAAUCAAGCGCAUUGUUGUUCCACCCAAAGUUCAAACAGACCCAGUAGAAUAUCCUCCAUAUGUUGCCAGAAUUAUGAGGAUCCUAAACAGACAAAAACAGGGUCAGUUGGAAUCUACUGAUGAUAAAAAGGAAAGUGAGGAUUCCCCUACUAAACAAAUGACCACUGCUGGAAAAGAUGUGAAAGGCAAAACUGAUUCUAGUCCUAGACAAGCUACUUCUGCUGACAAAAAAGCAAUAAACAUUGUGGACUCAGCCCUUAAACAUAAGGAACCACAAAGUACUUCAUUGCCAUCAAAGCAGUCUGCACUGGAACAAAAGGAUAAGCCCUUGUCUGGUAGUGUUGUCCAGAAGGUCAAUGAGAAAUGUAGCCAGUUGAACUCUGGGUCCCAUAAAGAGCCAAUGUUUAUCAGAAAGACACUCCCAGAGGACUACAGACCAGUGGUUAACACAGCCCUGUUACUAGAUGACUUGUCACCUGACAGUUUUACUCUGUUGGAAGCAGACAAUUUCUAUGGACCAGAGAUUCUUGUCACUUCUGACACUUACUGCUUUGUGGUGUCUGUGCCUUUCUUCUAACU